GUGCUCGCGUCGCUCGGCAGGCAGGGGGUCCUGGCCGCCCGGCUCGCGGGGCAGCUCGCGCGGCUCGAGGAGCCCAGCGCGCGGGCGGUGGCGGCGCUCGGCGUGCGGGCGGGCGCGCCCGGGGCGCCGCCGCCGCAGGAGGGCGACAUCGUCCGCCUCGGCGCCGACCCCGACUACAGCCAGCGCUCGGCGGUGGUGACGAAGGUAUGGGAGAAUCACUGCACUGUCGUGAUCCUCGACGCGUCCGAGCGCUUCGGCGUCGACGAGCGCUACCCCUAUUUCCGCAACAUCGGGCUGGUGAGAAGCGACUUCCGUUUGCGCAGAAGAGUGGCUAUCGCGGGGCUCAAGGGAUCAGGGACCCGCCACCUCAAUGGGCAUACGGGUUGGAUUGACAGCCAUCCGAUCAACGGGCAUCCCGUCUUUGUCCAGAAAGCUUCUUCGCCGGAGAAGGCUCAGCACGGUGGCGGGUUCUGCGUGAGGCUCGACGACCCCGUGAGCGCGAGUGAUCCCUGCGUGCUCCUGGAGCCGCGCUUCCUGCGGCCGUGCGAGGGGCGCGCGGGGAUCGCCGCCCUGCCGGUGGCCGCGGUGGCCGCGGCGGCGGGCACGUGA